ACACAGCUAGUUUGUCCCUCCGCGCUCUCCGUCCUUGUGUUGACAGCUGAGAGAGCAGAGUUCAUUAACCAGACAGGCUGCAGCUGUUUGCCUCACACAUUACCUGUUUUUGACGUCGUCAUGCUCAGAUUAAAGAUCAUUUCGGGCCAUUUGUCUCCGUCCCGGUCCUCUGAACUCAGACGGGACCUGUGGAGGACUGAGUGCGGCUCAGCGAGCAGCAGCAGCCCGGAGGACGUGGUGGUGGUUCAUGGACGGAGGACUGCCAUAGGGAAGGCGAAGAGAGGAGCCUUUAAGGACACCACACCUGACGAGAUGCUGAGUGCAGUGAUGGCAGCUGUGAUGAAAGAUGUUGGACUAUCACCCGACAAGCUCGGAGACGUUUGUGUCGGUAACGUACUCCAGCCCGGUGCCGGUGCUCUGAUGACCAGAGUGGCUCAAUUCCUCAGUGGGUUUCCAGAGACGGUGCCCUGCUACACCGUCAACAGACAGUGCUCCUCUGGACUGCAGGCUCUGUUUAACAUCGCAGGAGCCAUCAGGAGCAGAUCCAUUGACCUAGGCCUCGCCUGUGGCGUGGAGAGCAUGUCUCUGCGUGCGGUAGGUCAACCAGGAGAUGUGAGCUCCAGGCUGAUGGACAACGACAAAGCCAGAGACUGCAUCAUACCGAUGGGCAUCACCUCAGAGAACGUCGCAGAGAGAUUCGGGGUCUCCAGAGAAAAGCAGGAUGCCUUCGCUCUCAGCUCUCACCAAAAAGCGCUCCGGGCCCAGAACACAGGUGUGUUUGCGCAGGAGAUCGUUCCCGUCACCACCAGGUUUGUGGACGCUGAGGGUAAAGAGCGCGAGGUGGCGGUCCUUAAGGACGAAGGGAUCAGACCGGGUACAACUCUGGCAGGACUGAGUAAACUCCGGCCGGCCUUCAAACCUGACGGCAGCACCACAGCAGGUAACGCCAGCCAGGUGAGUGACGGAGCAGCGGCCGUGCUGAUUGGUCGCAGGUCUGCGGUUGAGGCUCUGGGUCUGCCAGUCAUGGGAGUCCUGAGGGCCAGCGCCGUGGUGGGGGUCCCUCCGGAUGUUAUGGGUAUCGGACCGGCAUUCGCCAUCCCUGCAGCUCUGGAACAGGCUGGACUAACUGUGGCGGAUAUCGACGUGUUUGAAAUCAACGAGGCCUUCGCCAGUCAGGCUGUGUACUGUGUGGAGAAGCUGGGGAUCCCGCUGGAGAAGGUGAAUCCUAACGGCGGCGCCAUCGCUCUGGGUCACCCUCUGGGCUGCACCGGAGCUCGACAGGUGGUGACGCUGCUCAACGAGCUCAGACGUAGAGGCAGGAGGGCGUAUGGCGUCGUGUCCAUGUGCAUCGGGACUGGGAUGGGAGCGGCUGCUGUGUUUGAAUACCCCGGACCGUAGGAGCCAAAUCAAGACUGUCACUGUUAAGAGCCUCUUUCAGACAUGACCGGUUAUCUGCCUUCUUAAGACCUCAUAGCGUUUUCUAUAAGACUCAGGUGUGAUUUGUUGCAUCUCAGUAAUCGUACAAACAAGAUCAGGAUGUUUAUACAGCAUGGCAACUAAUUACAACAGUAAUUGACACCUUGAAAGCUUUUGCAGGCGACCAGAUCACUUAAAUGGCAGAAUGAGUAGCACAUUCCUAAAAAAAACAGCGCGUGGUGGUGUCUGUAUCUGCAGAGACCCUGCCCUUUGACUGUAUUUUCUCUUUUCAUUUUGCUGUGUUCGGGACAUUUCUGUGCAUCAACCUCUAUAAAAACGUAGCGACCAGGUGCCAGAUCGUAAGCACACAUCCAAGAGGAAGCUACGAAAACGGUGGACACAGUGCCGGAAAAAAAGAAAGUCAAGUGGGGAAAGCUUGUUCUAAAACGAGAGUGAAUCUGGAGUUAGCUUUUACCCGCUGGCGAGCACCGUAACUCUCAAUGAGCCGGGGAGGAGGGUCCUACUUUGAAUGUUGUGUUUACAAACUUAGGAGGGAUAGUUGCAAAAAGAGUGAAUCUUGUACUAAACAGACUGUGCAUCAGAAUCAGAUCAUUUAUAGUAGAGUAUCAGUGGGUCGUUCUUGCCAGAUUCGCUUGCUGCACGCAGAGAAAAUAGACCAGACGCCGAAACUAUAGAUAGCGAGCUGGCCAUUGAGCUCCGUGGCACGUCGCGUCCUAUGUGAACAGCCCAAUUGAUUUAAAUGGGCGCCAAAACGACGCAGGCAGCGCUUCUCCGAAAAUCGUUGCGCUUUCACCCCCUAUGUGAACCCGAGGUUAAAGUAGCUCUGGUAGCCUGCAAAAUCAUUUGAAAUAUAAUUUACUGGUCUUUUGUUUUUGGUUGCCAUGCUGUAUAAACUGAUCUUGUGUGAACGAUUACUGCCAGUGUAACUAAUCCCACCUGAGGCAUAAGACAAUGUUAUGAACCCAUCCUUCAACAGCAUGUCGCAGUAAACAUCUCUCGUCUCGCGUGCCAGAAGCAAAAUGUUGUGUGAGCAUUACCACAUUAAUAUUAAGUACAUAACGGGUCUGUUAUUGGAACAGCGUCAACAUGAAACUCAAAAAGCCGUGACUUACCAGAUAAAUAAACUCACCAGUGUGACAGAUUCCACGUCUGAAAGGGGCUACAGAGAGAUUUGAAUCAACCUUUAAAUGAAUCUCCUACUAAACUAACGCUGCUCUAUUUUAGCUGUUAACAUUUGUAUAGAAGAUUAAUUUCAAACAGCAGCUGAUUAAGUGCCUUUGAUUUCAUGUUGCUUAUCAAACUACUGAUUUAUUCUGCUUUAAUUCUUCAAUUGAAGCAGGUAAAUAUUGCAGGAAGUGAGCUGUAAAAACUUCUCGUCUAUUUUCUGCAAACUAUAAUCAAGGUAAAAAAAAAACAACACCUUUUGCGCAGUCGUGCCGUCAUAUGAACCGUCAUAUGAACCGUAAGUGCGCAUAUUUUCAGCUGCAUAAAUCAGGAAUGAAUGUUUUAAGAUGAGUUUGAUUUACUGUUAGUGUUUGAGGAUGUUAAGAAUACAUUAUGUUUUGUCAAAUCUAAGGACCAAUCCAAACCAGUAAUUGUGUUUGUAAAUUAAUCUGCAGAUAUCGGGCCUCAUGCAAGAACAUUUUGGUUAAAAAAUAUUCAUUUUAUAAGCUUAAAUUAUUGAUUUGAUGUGAAUGAAAGUUUAAUUGGAAGCAUGUGACUCCUGAAAGUGAUGCGAUGCGUUAGAGAGAAGAUCGGAAAAGGUUGACGUGAUGGGGCGUGACGAAUCAGGGAAGGACACGUCAUUACUGGUUAAGACCAAUCAAGAAGUGAAAGUGGGUGUCUGCGUCAUCGUUUUCACAGGUCUCCGUUUCUGUCCGUCCAGACUCAAACGCAACUCUGAAUGAGGCCCAAUCGAUCACUGUUGUCAUCUACAAUGACUUUUAAAUAACUGUAGAGCUUUGUAAAACUGAGAUCCUGUGAAGAAUAACUUCACAAUACUGAUUUUCUAUGUAUAAAAAUAAAACAUUUCAACAUGA